GGCUCAUACCUUAUUGGAUUAUUUGUUUCUUCAAAAUCUCUCAACACAAAAAAAAAAAGAAAAAAUGGGAGGCGCCAUUCUCUUCUUCCUCCUGCUCGCAGUAGUCUUCCUCUUCUCCUCAUCUGCAAACGCCUGCGACCGAUGUCUUCACCACUCUAAGGCAUCUUAUUUCUCCUCUGCCUCUGCUCUCUCUUCCGGAGCUUGUGCCUAUGGCUCUAUGGCUACGGGUUUCUUCGCCGGUCACAUUGCGGCGGCAAUGCCUUCCAUCUACAAAGACGGCGCCGGCUGCGGAGCUUGCUUCCAGGUCAGAUGCAAGAACCCCACCCUUUGCAGCAGCAAAGGAACCACCGUUAUGGUCACUGACCUCAACAAGAGCAACCAAACCGAUCUUGUCCUCAGCAGCAGGGCCUUCAGGGCAAUGGCUAAGCCCGUUGUUGGCGCUGACAUAGAUCUCCUCAAACAGGGCAUUGUCGACAUCGAGUACCAGAGAGUUCCUUGCGAUUACGGGAACAAGAAGAUGAGCGUGAGAGUGGAGGAAUCUAGCAAAAAGCCUAACUACUUGGCCAUAAAGCUUUUGUACCAAGGAGGCCAAACCGAAGUGGUAGCCAUCGACAUUGCUCAAGUGGGUUCGUCACAUUGGAGUUACUUGAGCAGAAGCCACGGAGCUGUGUGGGUUACUGACAAAGUACCCACCGGAGCUCUGCAGUUCAAGUUCGUGGUGACGGCAGGCUACGACGGCAAAAUGGUCUGGUCGCAGAGGGUUCUUCCUCCUAACUGGGAAGCUGGGAAGACCUAUGACGCCGGCGUUCAGAUCACCGACAUUGCUCAGGAAGGUUGUGAUCCAUGCGACCAUCACAUUUGGACCUGACUAAGACUUACUCCAUUCCCCUUUUUGUGAUGUGUAACAGAACAGAACAGACUUGUUUAUUUAACUGAGAGGAAGAACCAACAACAGGAAUGCAUAAUCUCAAGAUUCUAUUAUAUAAUUUUAAGUCGUCUCUUUAAACAAGAAAGCUAAAGAAAGGGAUAUGUGUAUGUACAGAAGGUCUAUUAAUAACAAUAUGUACACCAUUCUUUC